UAAAAGAAUGGUGUCGAGUUGUCGUUCCAUUUAGUUUUACCAAGAAAAGGAGUAUGAUCGCAUUAAAGAUUUAUGAAAUGUUUCUUGAACAAGGAAGUAGUACGUCCGCUCAGAAUGAAGCUCAAAAGGUUCUACCAUUUUUCGAUAAACCAAAGAACUCAAUUAUACGAGUUUAUUG